AAAUAUAUUUUAAAUUGUUUAGUUAAGAAGUUGGCAAAUGGCAAUGAAACCCUUUAUAUGUAUUAGGUAUGAUUCAUUUUCAAAACAACAUGGAAGAAUGUAUCAAAGACCUCCUGAAAAGAUUCCAACUGGAAACAUAUAUAGAUAUGUUUUUAUCUAAUGGAUAUGAUGAUGUGGGAGUAAUAAGGGGAAUCAAUGAAGCAGAUCUCCAAAUGAUGGGACUAACUUGUCACAAAGAAAUCUAUGAUAUUCUUGACCUACUACAACAACUGAAUGCAGCCUUUACAAUGUACAUGUCAGUGAACGAGGUUUAUACUAGGCCAUCCACUGAAAAUGUCCUCAGCUACAUUGCUGACAAGUUCGAGCGAAAAGGAAUGUUCCCUUCGGGUGAGGAAUGUGUCCCAGUGGUCCUGGAAAAGCUAGAAAAUGAGGAGAUCAUGCUUCCUGCUCACAACUACCACAUCUAUAUCAACAAGGACGGACAACAGUCUACAAGGCGAGAGUACAAGAUGCUGAUAGCGCGCUACGCGCAGGAACUUUUCCUCCCUGAUCAGAGUGUAGCCGGAGCACUAAAACUUAUCCACGACACUCCAAUAAAUGGCAUUCCUCCUCCUAAACCUCCUAAACCUAAAGUUAUCCCUCUCUACGAUCAGUCGUCUGGUAAGCUUGUUUGGAUGAAUAGUGAAGACGAUCCUAACUACGAGAAUAUCAACUAUAUCUACGAAUUUUUAAAUAACUUGAGGCCCAACACCGGGAACACAGACAACGCUGAAAAACAUAGCGAGUUUAUAAGACCUCCCCACCCUGUCGAGAUGAGACAAUAUGAGGAUUUAUGCAAGCUUGAAUCGUCUCAGAGUCAGAAUAGCUCACCUGGUCCAACUCGAGCGGUCAAGAAGAAGCAGACGUUUUUCAAAAGAUUUAAACACAAUCUUUUCGGAAAGUUAAAUUCAAGUCUCGACAGUUAUCUCGCUUCAUCGACUAAAACCCUAAUUUCAGAUCGCAGCUCUGAGUGUUCUAAUUCAAAGAUUAGUUUCUUCAAAAACAAGUCUAAAAAGGAUAAGAAUCGCUUCGAAAGACAGAGAAGCAACUCAGCGCCAGAGCCAGUACGGAACGUGAACCUGCAGUUGAUCCCAGAAGUACAGAACAGUAACUCCCACCUCAACCCGACUUACGCUCGUCCCUACCAACCGUCCCUGUCCACUAACUCCCGGACGGGGUGCCGCUACUACCAAAUGUUCCCAACACCUGACAAUAGACUCCCCUCCCAUCCGCCAGUCCGGGUAACCAAGUCCGACACCUUCAGUAACACCAGCAUCUCCAGCUCGGGGAGUGUGUCUGGGGACAGUGCCUACUCUUCCCGUCCUUCCCUCAACGUGAUAAAGUCAGCUCACCGCCCCGUUAUAUACGGUCCCCUCCCACCCAAACAGGAGGGCUACUACCAGGCACCUCUCAAUAGGAUAUCUCUAAGGAGACGGUGUCCUUGUGGCUCUUGUCACAACGAUAAUAGCCGAUAAGUUGUUAGGAUUUAACACACUUUAGACUACAUAGUUAAUAUUUUAGGGUUAUGACCUUUUAUUAAAAGGCGUGUUCGUUGGAACAUUUAGCUAAGACGGUCGACGGAUUCAUUGAAUUGAAAGAUGACUGAUAGUGAUAAAAUCUAUUUUUGAUUUUUGUUUUUUUAUGGCUCUUCCAGCAAAAUUGGAAACUGUGUAACUUUUAUAAUUCAAGACAGAGAUAGCUUUUUAUCUUACACAGUAAGCGGUUCUUACACUGAUUAUUAGCCGCGCCCCGCUCGACAAGGGAUCGUUGCGUCAGUCUCAAGGGAGAAGGGCAUGGUUGAAAAAAUGCCGCAGCUUAUUUAUAGCUUCUGUAAAAAUUUGCUGACGCGGAGGGGUGGACCCUUAUAACAGUCAGUAUUUGUGUACUUCAAAACCUCAGUAGUCAGUACUUCAGUAGCAAGUUGAAGCGAUUGAGAUCGAGAGUUUAUGAUCGGAAUUUCAAUCUUGCGCUGUAGUUGCAUUUUGAUAGUCAAUAUUUCGUCGACCAAAAGUUGUUUGACUCACCUAUUACAAAACUCAAAAGAUUUUAAGAUUACGGCCAGUAAAAUUAGGACCGAUAAGGUAUGGUUACUUUAAUCUUGUAACAGUUUGAUGUUUUAAUUUGAUUGAUUGCCAUUUUGUAAUUGUAUCUAUAUUUAUUAUUUUAGACACUAUUGUAACUCAGUAAGGGUAACUUGAAAUAAUGCUGGUAUGAAAUGAAAAUUUGAAUAUAAAGCUCUUUUCAUGGGUCCGUUGCUGACCACAACAAAGUGUUAUAAUCAUUUAGAUAUGGUCUAGAAUUGUUCAGCUCAGAUUUUAUAGUAUAAGUAAACUUAUUAA